GUUCAUCUCACUCUGCCUGCCUGUCCGACAUUCGUUUCCCCUACCAAAAAGCGCACGAUAGACUACGCUCCUUUAAUUCACAAGCUCACUUGGCCUUCCCCGGCAUGAACCCAUGGGCUUCUUCUCUACCCGCCGAGAAGAUGUCGUCGACAGCGAGCGCUCCAGCUCUGUCGUGCAGGUUAUACGGUCCAGAUUCUACGGAAAGGGGAAGGGAAAGGAGCGCGAGCUCGAGCACGGACAUACCGUCUCCGAGUCGUACAUCCCUCAGCAGACCCCCGCGGAGGUCUUAUCUGGCCCGCCCAAGUCCGCGCGCCUGCACCAUGCGCGGAGCGUACCCCUCCCCACCAAAACCCACUUCUCGGGCGCGCAGUCUGCACCGAGCAGCCCCCUUGUGCAGCGAACGGACAUGCCGCCUCCCCCGGUGCCCCCCUCGCGAUCCGCGCCGUCUAAUAACAAGGAGAACGGCGCCAGCCCGCGCAAGCAGACCGAUACGGCCACCGUGACACUUGCUCAGCGUCUGGAUGAGCUGAGAGUCGCGAAUGCGGAGGGGUUGCUGAACGACGAUGAAUACCGCUUGCUGCGCCAGAACCUCUUUGAGCGAUUCUCCAGCGCUGCCACCGUGCCCACCGAGGCCCCUGUCGUCCCAGUGACAGGCCGCUCGCAGCCCGCCUCCCCUCGCCCCAAAUCCAACUUCGUCGUCGAGCGCGAGACGGCCAAUCGCACGCCCUCCUUGCGCUCCUCCUCGAACAAACGCUCCUCCCUCUCCCUCUCGACGAACAUGUCCAACAUGAUGAAGUUCAAGCGCACGCCAUCCACGUCCCGAGAUUACAGCGAGACGUCAAGCGUGCGUUCCUUCGCGUCAAACGCGUCCACCAGCGUGUGGCCUCGACUGAAGAAGAAGACAAGCAACUCGUCAAUUUCGACGAGCGCGUCGGUGCAGCCAGAUACCGCUUCUGUCACCUCCUCCCGCAUUGCCGGCGCCCACCGCAAGGCCGGCUCCUCUCAUGUUCCGCACCAUCUUUCGCACUUCUCGCGCGAUAACACGCGCUCCACGGGCAGCAUCCGCAAACUCGCGAACCCGCCGUCCUCCUUCAGCCUUUCGCGCGCAGCGACAGCGGAGAAGCUGCCCUCCGCGUCCUUCGAGGACGUCUUCGACGAGGCGAACUUACAGACUGCGGCAGACAUUCGCGCGGCCAUCGCUUCGGUGGAGGCGGAGGGCCGUCGACUGAUGGACGCGUUCAAUGGGCUCGAGCUUACGGCACUCACGCGGGCGCAGGCCAAGGGGUCGGCGGUGACACUCACCUCGAUGCCGCCUCCUCCGCAGCCAGUCGAUAUCGACAGCGUGUCGGUGCGCUCGGGCGGCUCUGCGCGCACUGCAGCCUCCCGCUCCGUCCGCCGCGUCGGUCGGUCAGGCUUGUCCACCGGCUCGCAUCCAGUUUCUCUCCACCGGAAGCCCAGCGUCAGCAGUACCGGGACCAGCGGAACCUCCAGCACCGGAGCCGGGCGCCUGGCUCCGCCUCCUGUCCCCGCACUACCGAUCGGCCAGCUGAGCACGGGGAGCACAUCGAGCGUCAACCUGGUGCGCUCGCCGAUGCGUACCGUGCCAGAGGAUGGCGGGACGUCGGGGAGGCCGUCGUUGGAGUGGAGCGCGACGCAGGACCCCGGAGCUUCCGCACAUACGGAAAUGGAAGACAUUCGGCGGCGGCGGGAGGAGGUGAGCGCACGAUACGAGGCGCGGCUGGAAUACCUGCGCGCCAAGUUGAAGGGCGCCGUGUUGCAUGAGAAGCUGCUGAAGAAGUAGCUUGGCUCCCAUCUUAUUCUUUCAGUCAACGACCCUGCUCGUGCGUCGCCAUAGCGUGAGCUGCAGGUUCGAAUGACCCCUUUGGUUUUGGUUUUCUUAUGCUCUUCGUUCUUACCGCCAUGCUAUCCCAUGUACGUUACUGAUACCUCUCGGGUUACCUUGUGCACAUGUAUAUCGCUUCAGGCUUAGACACGUCGUUCUCUGGGA